CAGCUGCUUGGUAAAUUUGAUAUGCCUAAUAUUUUUAAAGCAGGGGACAUCAUGAUCGGAGGAAUUUUUCCUAUUUUUAACAAACAAGAAAAUGUUAUUGCCUCAUUUGAGAGAAAAAUGCCAAGGGCGAAUUGUAAGGGAUUUGACCUACGUGCCUUCCGUUGGAUUCAGGUCAUGAUGUUUGCAAUAGAUGAGAUAAACCAAGAUGAGUUUUUGCUUCCUAACAUUUCUUUAGGCUAUAAAAUAAUGGACUCUUGUGCUUCUCCCACUAAUGCUUUACAUGCGGCUCUUACACUGGCAAGUGAGCAGAAGGGAGAUGACUCUACAACUCAAUGUCACCUCCCUUUAACAGCUCUUGUAGCUGAAUCAGGAUCAUCACAGUCCUUAGCGGUAGCCGGAAUGCUUGGACCAUUCAGAGUUCCAAUGGUAAGUUACUUUUCAACAUGUGCAUGCUUGAGUGACAGAAAAAAAUAUCCGUCAUUUUUUCGUACAAUACCGAGUGAUUACUACCAAGCAAAGGCCUUGGCCGCUAUUGUUAAACUAUAUGGAUGGACCUGGAUUGGAGCUUUACAGUCUGACAAUGAUUAUGGAAGAAAUGGGAUUUCAGCCUUCACAAAGGAAGUUGAAAAAAUGGGAGUCUGCAUUGCAUUUGUUGGCACAAUUUUGAGGACAUAUCCACAGAGUAAAAUCCUUGAAGUUGUUGAAUUAAUAAAACAAUCUACCGUAAAAGUGAUCCUGGCAUUUGUGCCAGAAGGAGAUCUGCAUCCUCUAAUGAUAGAAGUUGUGGCACAAAACAUCACAGGAAUCCAGUGGAUUGCAAGUGAAGCCUGGGUAACUGCAGCAAGACCCUCUACCCCUGAAAUGUUCAAGUCAUUUGGAGGCACGGUUGGAUUUGUGGUACGAAAGAUGGCUAUGCCCAAACUAGGACCCUUCCUAAAAAACAUCAGUCCUUACUCUAACUCACAAUCUGCUUUUAUCGGCGACUUCUGGGAAAUAAUGGUUGGCUGUAGACCUUGUCUUAAAUGUGCGCUGCAGUCUGCAAAUGUCACACACAACAGCCAAGAUUGCACAGGAGAAGAAAAACUUAAUUUCACAGACAAAUUCUUUGAUGUAACACAAGUUAGAGUAACAUAUAAUGUCUAUCAAGCGGUGUAUGCAAUUGCACAUGCCCUUCAUGAAUUGCUAUUUUGCAAAAUGGAUACAAAUUAUGUCUUAAGACAGUGUCUGAAUGUAUCACAGAUAACUCCUAAAAUGGUCAGUCAUCACUUGCAGAGGGUGAAUUUUGUGGAUGGAUAUGGAGAAAAUGUGUUCUUUGAUGAGAAUGGAGACCCACCUGCAUCAUAUGAGGUCAUAAACUGGCAGUUAAGAGAUGGAGAGGUGCAACAUGUAGCAGUGGGCUAUUUCAGCACAUCCACAGAUGGAACAUACAAACUUACAAUAAAAGAGGAUGACAUCCACUGGAACACAGGAAAUACGAUACCGAAAGCAGUGUGCUCAGACACCUGCCCAAGUGGUACAAGAAAAGCACAAAUCAAAGGACAGCCGGUGUGCUGCUUUGACUGCAUCCCAUGUGCUGACGGAGCAGCAGACUGCAUUCUUUGCCCUGAAGAAUACUGGUCAAAUGAGAAACGAGACACAUGUGUCAUGAAAAUUACAGAGUUUCUGUCUUAUACCGAAACAAUGGGGAUCAUUCUGACUGCACUAUCACUAUUUGGAGCCAUUCUUACUUUAGCCAUUAUGAUUGUCUUCAUACGCUUUAGAGAAACACCUAUAGUGAAAGCUAACAAUUCAGAGCUGAGCUCACUUUUACUUUUGUCUUUGUUGUUGUGCUUUCUUUGCCCUCUUACAUUCAUUGGGGAGCCAACAGUCUGGUCAUGUAUGCUCCGUCAUACGGCAUUUGGGGUCACUUUUGCUCUCUGCAUUUCUUGUGUUUUGGGGAAAACCAUAGUAGUUGUCACUGCUUUCAGAGCCACAUUGCCAGGAAAUAAUAUGGCUGGAAAGUUUGGGCCAGUUCAACAAAGAAUCAUUGUGUUCUCAUGCACUGCAAUUCAAGUAGUCAUCUGUAUACUAUGGCUCAAAAUAAACCCACCAUUUCCUAAUAAAGUUCUUAAGUAUAACAAUAAAAAGAUUAUUUUAGAAUGUAACACAGGCUCGGAUGCUGGAUUUUAUGCAGUUUUGGGAUACAUUGGCCUUCUCUCAGCAAUCUGUUUGGUUCUGGCCUUUUUGGCCAGAAAACUACCUGAUAAUUUUAACGAGGCCAAAUUCAUCUCGUUCAGUAUGCUCAUAUUUUGUGCUGUUUGGGUAACAUUUAUACCCGCUUAUAUCAGUUCACCUGGUAAGUACACAGUUGCAGUAGAGAUUUUUGCAAUUUUGUCAUCUGCCUUUGGCUUAUUGUUGAGUAUAUUUGUGCCGAAAUGUUACAUUAUUCUCAUAAAACCAGAAAGGAACACUAAAAAACACAUGAUGGGAAAAUGUCAAAAGGCUAUUCAUUGA